AUGAAUUCUUUCUAUUUUAUCAUCACUAUUUUUGCUUUACUUUAUACAUUUGAUAAUACGAAAGGUAAUAAUGAUCUACCUAAACGAGAAAAAACGCAUGUAAAAAAAGAUCCACGAGAUUAUACAGAUAGAGAUGCAGAAAGUCUUUUUGAAGAAUGGGAGGAUAAUGAUGAUGAUAUUUUACCAGAUGAUGAACGACAUGAUGCUUUUCUUCGUAAUAAAAAUCGAGGUGGUCUUCGACCAGAAGAUUUAGUUGGUAAAUCACAUGACGAUAUAAUGAAAUUAUCAAAAAAAGGACAAACAUUAAUGAUGUUUGCUACUGUUUCGGGUUCACCAACACGACGUGAAACGGAACAAAUUACUCAAAUAUGGUGGUCAGGUUUAAAAAAUGCUUUAUUUGAUGUCAAUAGAUAUGUUAUUGAUGAUAAUCGUAUUUUACUUGUUUUAUCCGAUGGUUCACAAGCAUUUGAUGUAAAAAAUUUUCUUAUACAACAAGAUCGUUGUCAAGAAGUUACUAUUGAUAAUAAGCCUUAUUAUGGCAAAGGUGCCGCUAAAAAUAUAAUGGAAAUAGUUAAUCUUAAGAAAAAUAUGGCAACAGAUACAAAUAUAUCUUCAAAAUAA